AUGCCAGUUGAGGUGGUGGGUAUAGCAAGAGAGAAUGAAGAGCGUGAAAUGGACGACAAAUCAGAGGAAGAAGACGGUGCCGACGAUCUGAAGUGCCUUGAUUGGCUUGUCGAUUACAGAUUACCUGAAUACUUUGCUUUGGAUGGUUCAUUUCACCAUUUCACUGAGAAGAAUUUAUUAUUCAGUCCCAGUAGUGCAUCUAUCUCUGAAGAUAUUAUGUGUGAUGAUACUUCUACAGAGAAGCGCUUGGCAAACAAAUGUUCGCUGUUAUGUUGGAUAUACCGAGUACUAGCUACAUCACCGGAACGCCAGCUUUCCCUGAGUGAUAUAUAUCAUCGCUUCCUUGUUUUAAAUCCUGACUGGGUAAAACGAUCACCAAACUGGAAAUUUUCCAUUGGAGAAACACUGCUUUCUUCUAAAUCCUUUAUAUAUAAGCAUUCUCUGUGGUCAGUUAAUGCUGAUUUCGCAUUAAAACAUGAACGUGCUGCACUUGUUCAGGGGCCUUCACAUCGCUGUCCACCAUCUGUUCCUUCAGCAUAUAAAAUCGUUAACACUUCCAAAAAAAAAUGCUCCAGUGAUAUGCUGAAGAGUUUUGAACCGUACGAAGAGAUAAAACUACGAAACAUGAGUGGUGAUUGUUAA